AUGUCGGAUUCACAUACUGAUAGUAACAAAUGUAGGGAUCCUAUGGAUAUUCAAAAAGAAAAAAAAGGUUUAAGUUGGGUGUAUAAGUUAAAUAAAGAGGAACUAACAGUAGAACUAGAAAAUCGUGAACUAGAAUUAAUAGGCAGUGAAAAGUUUGAGACACUACGUAAAAUAUUAGCAGAGUUGGUGAAAGAAGAAUUAAGUGUAGAAGAAGAAAUAGAAAACAAUAAGAACGCAGAAGCAGAGGACAAGCAGACAGGGGUAACGAAAGAAGCAUCAAGCGGUAGUGAAGAAGAAGAGGAAAUGGCUGACAAGACGAAAUUAGAGUUUUGUUUAAAAACCGACGAUUGGGAAAUUUUUACAGAGAGGCUAGAAGUUAAUUUUGCAGCGAAAGAUACUAAGGAUGAAAAAAAGGGCCUCUUAUUGUUGACGAGUUUAGACGAGGAAGCGUUUAUGCUAGUAAGGAAUUUAUGCGCACCGGAAAAACCGAGUACGAAAACUUAUGAAGAGUUAAAAAAAUUGCUAUCAGAUUAUUUAAAUCCAAAGCUUUCUGAAGUUAUGGAACGUUGGAAGUUCAAUCAGGCUAAACAAGAACAAGGAGAAAGUGUAGCUGAAUACGCAGCGAGAUUAAAAAGACUGGCCUUGAACUGCAACUUUAAAGAGUUAAUAACAGCUCUUAGAAAUCAACUGGUAUGUGGUAUCAGAGAUCAGGAUAUAAAAGUAGAAUUAUUCAAAGCAGAAAACCUGACAUUUGAUAAAGCCUUGUCAGAAUCAAUGUCACGGGAAAUGGCAAAGAUAAACGCGUUAGAAGCAUCGAGAAAAUUCUACGGCAGUUCAAAUGACAAAAUUUUGGCUUUGAACACUAAACAGAAAAGAAGCUACGAAAGAGAUAAUACAAGUAGAAGUAAAGGUAGUACUGAUAGAAAAAACAUGAAGAGUGAGAAAGGUAUAUCGUGUUAUUGUUGCGGUCGAGCAAAUCACAAGGCUAUUGACUGUAAACAUAGGACAAAAUCUUGCAACUAUUGUAAGAGGAAGGGACAUUUGGAAGUAGCGUGUCGGAGAAAAGCGGCGAACGAGAAUUCAUCGGUGAAGGUCAUGGGAGAGGAAGCAACGUCAAGGCAGUCAGAGGGAGAGGAUGACGACGUAACAUAUAACUUCUUACCCCUAAAGGUAUAUAGCAGCGAUAAUAGAGUUUUAAAUUGUAAGCGGUUGGGUGGUAGUGCUAGGGAAGCGGAGCCGAUGUUGUUAAAAUUUAAGAUUGAAAAUAAAGAUGUAGUUUUGGAAGUUGAUACGGGUAUUUAUGUUUCAGUGAUUUUGGAGAAAACAAAGAAUGAGUUAUUUCAAAAUUUUAAGUUGAGUAAAUCGAAUAUUAUUCUGCGCGGUUACGAUGAAAAUAGUACGUUACACCCAGUAGGUACAAUGGAAAAUUUAGAAGGGCAGCUAAACGGAAUUACUAGAAAAUUAACUUGUGUAGUGUUACCGGGAAAAGGUCCGCCACUAGUAGGCCGACAAUGGUUAUCACAGUUCGGGCUGUGGCCACUUAAGUUUGCAAAUAAAAAUGGGGAGAGUCAAAGCGUAAUUAAGAAAUUGAAAGUAGAGAUAAGCGAUGACAUACUGUUGGAAUUUUCGAAGUUAUUUAGUUCGGGACCGGGAUUUUAUACAAAAGGAGAGAUGAAAAUAUACAUGAAAGAGGAAGUAAAACCGAUAGCUUUUAAAGCAAGGUAUGUACCGUAUGCGUUAAGAGAAAAAGUUGAAAAACAACUUAAUAAUUUAGUUGAACUAGGUCACUUAGAAAAGGUAGAUUCGAGCGAAUGGGCGACUCCAAUUGUACCAAUAAUAAAAAGUAACGACAAUAUACGAAUUUGUGGAGAUUUUAAGUUUACUAUAAAUCCGUAUAUAAUCGUGAACAAGCAUCCAUUACCGCACAUAGAUGAUAUUUUUAGAGUUUUGCAAGGCGAAAAAAAAUUUUCUCAAUUAGAUUUAACGCACGCAUACAUGCAAAUACCAGUGGAAAAAGAAUCGAGACACUUGUUAACAAUUAUAACGCAUUUAGGACUGUUUAGGUACACGAAACUUCCAGAAGGAAUUUCGUCAGCCCCAGGAGAAUUUCAAAGAAUAAUAGACGCGUGUUUACAAGGUACUGAAGGAGCUGUAGCUUAUAUGGAUAAUAUUUUUAUAACGGGUAAAACUAAUCAAGAACACAUAAGAAACUUAAAAUUAGUUUGUAAACGUUUAGAAGAGCAUGGGUUGAAGCUAAACAGAAAUAAAUGCGAUAUAAUGAAAGAGCGGAUAGAAACAUUAGGAUUCGUCAUAGAUAAGGACGGGUUGCAUAAAGCUAAAACUAAGGUACAGGCAAUGAUAGAAGCCUCCAGGCCGGAAAAUAUCAAACAGUUAGAGUCGUUCCUGGGUUUGAUUAAUUUUUAUAACCGAUUUUUCAAGAACAGAUCUGAAAAUUUAAGACCACUGUAUGAGUGCGCGAAUAAUAGUAAAUUUAAAUGGACAGAAGAAUGUGAAAAAGCAUUUAAAUGGGUAAAAGCAGAGCUUAUUUCUCCCCAAGUUUUAACGCAUUAUGAUCCACAAGAAACGGUUGUACUUGCUUGUGAUGCUUCGGAAUAUGGUCUGUCGGCAAUAUUAUCGCAUAGGUAUAAAGAUGGUAGCGAGAAACCCAUAGCUUAUGCAUAA